AUGUCAAACUCUCAGGUGGACACCCUGGGCCCUGUGUCACACCCGUCAUUGGUGCGCCUGGUGGGGUGGGCGGAGGAGGUAGGGCGCAACAUGCUUGUGUACAACCACCCCACCCCACUGCCGCACCCCUCCGACGUUCCCCCCUCCCCCUCCCCCUCCUCCUUCCGCCGGGGCGGUGGCUCCUCUGCUGGCGGCGCUAAGAGAAUCCCAGGCGCUGCUGCUGGUGCUGGUGGUGGUGGUGCUGCUGCUGCCAGUGGUGCUUCUUUCGCAGGGCCCAGCAGUGUUGGUACCAGCGGUGGUGCGGGUGCCAAUCGAGUUUUUGAUGCUCUCGGCCCUGCUGCCGCCGCUGCUGGUGGCCCUGCUGCCGCCCCUGACGGUGCCGCUGCUAUCUGGGCUGAUGUUGCUGGCGCUGAGGAGGCAGCGGGCGGGGGCACGCUUCUGGAGUAUCUGCUUCGGCACCAGCAAUUGCAGCAGCAGCAGCAGCAGCAGCAGCAGCAGCAGUUGACAGGCGGCGCAUUGGGAGACGCCACUCUAUCUCUCCCCUUUGAGCGCCGGGUGGAGAUAGCUCACAGCCUGGCAGCAGCCCUGCACCACCUGCACUGCUGCGUGGACCCCCCCCUGGUGCACCGCCAAGUCAACUCCGGCAACGUGCUGCUGCUGCCGCACUGGCCCUUCGUGAGUGACCCUCCACUGCAUCCCAACAAUUCUCACAACUUAACAACAGUUUUGUUUUGCGCCCCUCUCUGUGCCCCUAUCUCCUCCUGCCAGGCGCGGCUUGCCAACGUGGGGGAGGUCAAGGGGCUGCCCUACGCGCCCACCAUUUAUGUGCGGCGCAACCGGGCAGCAUAUGUUGACCCGGAGUACUUUAUCGCUCUCAGGGCGUCUGCUGCUAGCGAUGUGUACAGUUUCGGCAUAAUACUGCUCGAGCUCCUAACCGGCCAGCCAGCAGAGCAGAUCGACCCGGCCACAGGUCGCCGCGCCUACCUCAACAUACCCGCGCUCACCGCGCUCAUCCGCGCGCACCACCUUGCGCCGCUCCUCGACCCCGCGCUGCCCUUCCCCCCCACGCCCGCGCCCACCGCGCUGCAAGCCCUGGCGUCCCUCGCCGUUGACUGCACUGUCCGCCACGCGAAGCAGCGCCCAGACGCGUCCGCCGUGCUUCUACAGAUGGAAGGGAUUCGCGAGGCGGUGCAGAACGGCCUAGCCGUGCAGGGCCGCGAGGGCGACCACCUCUCGCUCUCCAUACCUGCUGGCUCGCUUGCCGAGGCGGAGGCUCGGGGGAGGCUCGGCAGCAGGAGCGGGGGGCUGGUGGGCGGGUCGGGCAGGGAAUGGGGGUCAGCUGGGGAGUUGUCUGGCUCGCACGGCCCUUCUGGUUGGAGUGCAGGGGGCCCCCUGUCUGUUGACUCUGGAAGCGGCAUGAGCGGCGGAGGAAGCUUCUCAGAAGGCUCAUCUGCGUUCUAUUCUGGCGAACAGCCACGUGGGAUCAUCUCGUCUUCGUCCUACCCGCAGGCGCUCUCCUCCCUGCCCCAUCAACCGCCCUCCCCCCAUCCACCCCCCUCCCCCCAUACACCCAUCAAGCGCUCCUCCCUGCCCCGCACGCACACUGCCCCGCUGGUCUCCCCCCGCCUCCUCCCCACUCUCCCCCUCUUCGAAGCGCCGCACUUCUCCUUCCAGGCGCUACAGCAGGCUACGGAGGGGUUCGCCCCGCACAGGGUGCACCGGCAGGCGCACCUGGGGGAGGUGUACCUGGGGACGAUCAAGACCGUGGGGGAGGUGAUGGUGGUGCGACAGAUGGCGCCAUGGGCGGGGGAAGGGGGAAGCACUGGGGGAGGGGGAAGCUUUGGGGGAGAUAGACGCGUGUGCCUGCUCGCUUACAACCACACCGACGCCCCUGACCUCUUCCACUCGCUGCACCUCCCAGGUGAGGCGUCUACCAGACCCGCAACGACGACUUCGCCUCGCCCUACUGCCAUGCGUAAGCUCCCCUCGCCUCGCCCUACUGCCAUGCGUAAGCUCCCCUCGCCUCGCCCUACUGCCAUGCGUAAGCUCCCCUCGCCUCGCCCUACUGCCAUGCGUAAGCUCCCCUCGCCUCGCCCUACUGCCAUGCGUAAGCUCCCCUCGCCUCGCCCUACUGCCAUGCGUAAGCUCCCCUCGCCUCGCCCUACUGCCAUGCGUAAGCUCCCCUCGCCUCGCCCUACUGCCAUGCGUAAGCUCCCCUCGCCUCGCCCUACUGCCAUGCGUAAGCUCCCCUCGCCUCGCCCUACUGCCAUGCGUAAGCUCCCCUCGCCUCGCCCUACUGCCAUGCGUAAGCUCCCCUCGCCUCGCCCUACUGCCAUGCGUAAGCUCCCCUCGCCUCGCCCUACUGCCAUGCAGUGCGCCACCACAGGGGAGACGGACAAAACCACCGACAUGUACGCUUAUGGCGUGCUGCUUCUUGAGCUCAUUUCUGGGAAGCUUCCGUACGAUGACGAUCGUGAUCCGGUGCAGCUGAGUGACUGGGCACGGCAGCAGGACUGGAGCAGCACAGAGUCAAUAAAGGAGAUGGUGGAUCCGCUUCUAGAGGGGAUGUACAAUGAGGAUGAGGUGGUUAUAUUGGCGUCCCUUGCAAUGCGAUGCAUCAAUGUGGAUAAGAGGGAGCGGCCGACAGUCAAAGAGGUGCAUGAUCUCUUGGCUUCUAACAUCAAAGCAUUCUCGCACAGAAAUGCAGCCCGUCGCCACACUCGCAACAAGGCCACAGAUUAUCGAAGUAACCGGAUGUUUGGCGAAAACGAUUUGCGACGAAAGUUCUCGAGUCGGAAGCUGCUGCAUUUCCUCCGCGUCACGCGCGUCGCCGCCUCAAUGGCGCGGCUGUGUCUCUUACUGACUGCGCUCGUCGUCGCUGUCGUCUCUGUUGACAAUGUCGCCUGCAUUCGCGGCGAGCUUUCUGCGCACGCGCUCGCUUCAGGCGAAGGAUCACAGACGGUGAACUCCGUUUCGUCGAAGGAAACUUCGACUCUGGUCAGACGGCGGCUUCUUCAAGCCAAGAAGCGCCUUCGUCGCAAGCAGCAGUUGGACGACGGUCCGGGGAGCGCAUUGGCGGAAGAAGCCCCGCGGAAGGCCAAGAAGCGCGCUGGGGACGCUGCAGCGGCCGCGGAGGGGGGGGUGCACGGAAAGGCGGAAGGGUGCUGGGGGAACAAGGUUUUUGUCCCUUUUUUCACCUGCUAUACAGCAUCCCCAUCGCAUCCCCGUCGCAUCCUCAUCGCAUCCCCAUCGCAUCCCCAUCGCAUCCCCAUCGCAUCCCCGUCGCAUCCUUCGCCCUCUCACCCGCCGUUCCGCUUACCUCCGCCGCCUGUCCCUUCUCUUCCCGCCCCCAACCAUCUUCUCCCUUUCCGCGCCUACCCCCGCGCGCCUCACCCUUCCAGAGCCGCGCAGCCCCAGCCGCAGCUGGACACGAUCCCCGCACAGCUGCCCGCGCAGAUCCCCGAAACCCCCCCCAGUACCGCCACGCUGCUCGACCCCGUCCCCACGGACGUGCCCUCCGCGUCGGACCAGCCGUCCCUCUCCACCUCCUCCGCGCUCUCCGCCUCCGCGGUCUCUCCCGCGGAUGUUCUCCCCCGCGGACGAGCUGGCGGGGCUGACCCAGCGCGUGGCCAAGAGUGUGAGGGACGUGCGGGGGUGUGCGAGAUGGUGGACCACAGCCUGGCGCCAUGGACGCGCAUCCCUCAGAUCCGCGACGGCAUGGGCGCUGCAGGCAUGGUGGCGCCCAGCCUUAUCAAGACCAUCAGCCAGCGCGCCCGGGUGAGCAUGGGUUGGGAGAGGGGGGUGGCGAAUGGCAUGGGAGCAGACGACAUGGGCGCUGCAGGCAUGGUGGCGCCCAGCCUCAUCAAGACCAUCAGCCAGCGCACCCGGUUCAUGUCGUGCGCGGGCCAUGUGAGGGUGGUGGACGGGUCAGUCUAUUUCCGCCUGGGGGGAUUCAUCACCGUCCCCUACCGAGUCAGGCGCUUCCUGCAAACCGUGCAGAUCAUCCAGCGCGCAGUCGACUUCUACAACCUAGCGGCCGUCCGGGCGGAGUUUUUUGUCAACACGUGCGACCUGCCCAUCAGCUACGACAGCGACGUGGGCGGCAGCCGCCCGGUGGGGUUCCCCUUCUUCAGCACGCGCGUGGUCCCCGGCUCCGUUGACGUGGCUAUCCCGGACCCCCUUGACCUACCUGAGAACAUGGACCUGCCUGAAAAUGUUGAGGUUCCCUGGGAGGAGAAGGAGAACCGCGCUGUGUUCCGUGGCACGGCCAGCAGCUUCCCCUUUGAGGACUCGCAGAACUGGCGCUCUCACCCCCUCAUCCGCCUGCACAGGAUGGAGGCGGACGGAGUGGCCAUGGUGGGGCGCACCACACUCACCUCCGAUCCACCAAUGAGCAAGUUCAAGUACCAGAUCGUAUCAGGCCUGCCCUCCUCUCACCAGACCUGCGCCAUCCUCUCUCGGGGCGAGCAGGUGGCCAUCAGGCAGGCCACCCCCUACGCGGAGUUCUUCACGCCGCUCUUAAAGCCCUACGUGAACUUCAUUCCAGCGAAUCGGCACUUUGACAACCUGAUUGAGAAGCUGCGAUGGGCUCAGAGCCACGACAACCACGUGCAUCACAUGGUGGCUGCUGGCAAGCGGGCAGCCAAGUGA